CGUUUCUUUCAUUGGAUUACUAAUUUGUGGAUUAUGAAGCCCUUCAUCACUUUAUUAAUGGUUUUGGCUGCUUUGGCCGCUUGCGGUCAAGCCCACACCGUGCAAAAACGCUCUUUGGGCUCUUUGUUGGGUGGUGGCGGCAGCGGUGGUGCUGGUGGUCUUGGUGGAUUAAUCCAAGCUAAACUUAGCUUGUUAGGAAACCUUGGUGGUGGUGGUGGCCAAGGCGGUGGUCAUGCUUCUGCUGGUGGAUACAGCAGUGGCGGUUACGGUGGUGGUCACUCCGGUGGCUACAGCGGUGGUGGUGGCUGGUCUGGUGGUGGUGGCGGUUCCAGUGGUUGGUCUAAAUCAGGUGGCGGUGGAGGCUGGUCGGGAUUAGGAUCAAGUGGUGGCUGGUCUGGUGGCGGUAGUGGAGGCCAUGGCGGUGGCUGGUCCAGUGGUGGCAGCAGUGGUGGCGGCACCAAAAUUAUCAAAAUCAUAAGUUUAGGCGGAGGAGGAGGUGGUGGUGGCGGUUGGCCUUCUGGUGGCAGCAGUGGCUGGUCUUCUGGAGGCAGUGGUGGAGGCUGGAAAUCUGGCGGCGGUGGAGGUGGUGGUUGGUCUCUUGGUGGAGGCGGUGGUGGAUGGCCUUCGGGUGGCAGCAGCGGCUGGUCUUCUGGAGGUAGUGGUGGUGGCUGGAAAUCUGGCGGCGGAGGUGGCUGGUCCGGUGGCAAUAGAGGCUGGUCUUCUGGCGGCAGUGGUGGUGGCUGGAAAUCUGGCGGCGGUGGUGGUGGUUGGUCUUCAGGUGGCGGUGGUGGCGGCUGGAAAUGGUAGACAUGUAUUUCAUGUCUUUACAAACUUUCAUGCAGUGAUAUCAUCUCAAAUAACAAAAUAUAAAUAUGUAAAUAAUUUGUGUUCUUAUGUGUUUACAACAAACA